AUGUUCGUCUCAAUCAUCACCGUCGUCUCAGCUCUCACCACCACCACCGCUAACAACGGCGUCGACGCCCGUGGGGCUGUCGCCGAGACGCUUGCUGCAACUCCGGAGCCACCGCCAACAAGGGCCACCACGCGACGGCGCUGCCCUUUCGGGCCCGCUGCGACCCGGACGUGUCCAUUCCCGCGUGGGCGCGCUGCUUCCCCGGACGGCGAGGAGCAACCGAGCUCGACCGUGUGGGCGAUAUGGCGCGAGGCGUCGGCGCCUAAUCUCCGCAAAGUCUUCUUCUCGCACAUCUGGGGCGACGACAGCGGCGCCGACUGGAAUGCCACCGCCUUCUCCGAGUUCCCCGACGGCUAG